ACUACAACUCCCACAGUGCCCCGCGGCGGGCCCAAAGCCGCGCACGCGCGGCCAGCUGAGCUCCUCCCCUUGCAGAGAGCUGCGAGGCGGCCGAGCCUAGCUGUGUUGCCUCCUGUGACCGCCCCCUCGGCCCCGGGGCUAAGUCGUGGUCCCGCAGCGGGUCGUAGGAUGGCGUUGAAGCGGAUCCAGAAGGAAUUAACUGACUUGCAGAGGGACCCUCCCGCCCAGUGCUCAGCAGGACCUGUGGGUGAUGAUUUAUUCCACUGGCAGGCCACCAUCAUGGGCCCGAAUGAUAGCCCUUACCAAGGUGGUGUUUUCUUCCUGACUAUUCACUUCCCUACAGAUUACCCUUUCAAACCGCCAAAGGUUGCUUUUACAACCAAAAUUUAUCACCCCAACAUCAACAGCAAUGGCAGCAUCUGUCUUGACAUCCUGAGAUCUCAGUGGUCUCCAGCAUUAACGGUAUCAAAAGUUCUGUUGUCUAUCUGUUCCCUGCUCUGUGACCCCAACCCUGAUGACCCUUUGGUUCCUGAGAUAGCCCACACCUACAAAGCAGACCGAGAGAAGUACAACAGAUUAGCCAGAGAAUGGACCCAGAAAUACGCCAUGUAAAUGCCAUGAAGAUUUGACUCUUUACAAGCUGAGAAUUUUAACCUUUCAGAGCAAUCUCUUAGUGGAAACUCUGGGUUGUCCAGUGUGUACUUGAUGCCAUGAGCCAUUUGCAAGGGGUCUCCUACUCUGUGAACAGACCCUGGUUUCCCUUUUGCUUUUGUCUCAACUUGGAGUUACCACCUGCAGCCGUUUGGAUUCUGACAACUUCCUGCCUUUGAUGUCAAAAUCAGUAGCCACUUUCAUUUACUGAUUUUUAGCCUGGUUCAAACUGGAAUCCACUUUCCACCCCCACUCCCUUGACCUUCUCUUGGAAUGGCAGAAAUGCACGCAUUCCUUCCUUUAGUCUUUCCUCAGGGUGGCAUGUGCUGUGCCCUUCACACUGCACAACAGGAGCUGUGCAGCUUCCUGAUAAGUGUCCUAAUAGAACCAAGUACUCGCCUGGUGUGCCCAAGAGAGCCGGAUGAGAUUUUCCCUAGUUUUCAGUUUACUGAAGAACUCUAUCCAAAGAGGAAUCCCAACCCUCAGGGACAUUGCAUGGGAUUGGAAAUGGUUUGGCAGUGAAAUGAAUGAGUGGCUGGAUUUUCUCCACUGUCUCCAAGUAAAAGAGGACAGUGCGAUUGGCCGGUCUUCGUAUGCAGUAGGAAUUGCAGUCUCACUUUUUUAGCCUGAGAAGCAGGAGAUCCGAAGCACCUGUCAAUAAUAGCUAAGUGCUCAUUUCCACUCUUGCUCACAGAAUUACCAGGAAAAAAAAUCACGAGAUUUGGAAAGAUGUCGGAUUGUGUUGUCUGAAGAUUAUGGAAGAUGCUGAGGCCCUGCAGACGAAAGGAGAGGUCAGAAAGUGGAGAGUGUUUCAUUUGUUAGGAAAAAAAAGUCAAAAAGGGAUGGCGCUCUGGCAGAGAGACUUCUUUUGUAAAUAAAUCUGUCAUUUCCCUUUGACAUGAUCCUUGAAUUAUUCAAAGGGACAGCUCCACUUUUAUCCUCAUGUUUGUUUUCAUUCAGAAGACAAGGUGUGGAAGCUCUGUCCAGGUCCUCCAGAAACCUUAGCAGGAGUGGUUCCUUGGGCCUUUCGGCUCAAUUAGCUUUCAGGUUUAAACAUUUCUGUUAGAGUUGGAAUAAAUGAAGAAGUUAGGUAUUGGUUGCCUUUAUAGUUUUGUGAGUAUUCUAGCAAGAAAAUGAGCAGAUUGUUUUUUUUUAACCUUAGCUAAACCUUCUCAAAGAGAAGCAAAAUGCAUUAUUUUAAAACCCAAGAUAAUGAUUUACUUGUCUCUGUUCUCUCCUGGUUCUCAGAGUUGCUUUGCACUCCUUGGGUUACUCCACGAUAGAACAAUAAUGUUUGGGGAAGUCCAUGGGAGCCGAGUGACUGUAAACUAUGCAAAUAGCAAAUGACCCAGUCAAGCAAUUGCAGGUUUAAAGAAACGAUAAAUGGAUUUGUUAAACCUUGAACUUGAAGGGCAGCUGAUUUACUUUUCUAAAAAAUUGGCUGAGUGCAGAGACUCGGAAGUGAUCGUUACAUUAUUGCCAAAAGAUUUCUCAGAGGAAGCUGGCUAAGGUCAGCUCCUCGUGGAAGGCAGAGCAGCUAGGAUGGGCCUUGCCUGCUGCUCUGCCUUGUUUAGACAGGCCCCUGUCCAGCUGCUCCUCUAUUGCCAUAAGACAGUGUUUCCUUGUCUUGGGAUUUCCGGUGCCCCGGAUCCCUUCUCUUGUGUCAUCACUCCUUUCCAGUCAUUUUUAAACUAACCAAUAAAUUUAAAAUUUAAACAUAUCAGGUAUUAAGAGUGUGCAACAGGCCAUCAUUAUGGUGUUAGUAUGGAAAGAGUCACUCUGAAGAGCAAAAUGGCAGUAAUGACAUGGGGCUUAGAGUGUGUGUGCGCUCACUGUUUGGUGACGCUGCAUCUUGUAUCUAAGGAUCACAAAGCACUUACAGCUGUGACUUGUGUAGCACGUUGUGAGAGGGAGAAGAAGAGACUGGCUCACAUUUUGCUGUUGGAGAUAUGGAGGCCCAGAGAGGGGCUGCCCCACAUACUGGAAGCCCAAAUGAACCACAGAAUGUUAGAGCUAGGAGAAGUCUUAAGAGAUCCAGUGUCCCAGUUUUACAAAUGAAGAAAGCCUGCUUGAAGUUACAUAGUGUGGACUUAGCAACCUAGUGACUGCUGAAAAAUGCCUUCUAAAAAAAACCACAACUUUUUUUUAACCAGUUUAAUCAAAUUUUAAAAAUUAAGUCUUUCUACCUAAGAGAUUCCAUUGGUAGUAAAACAAGUGAAAUCAGGUCUUUGUUUCCUCCUCCAACAUCUGUCUUUACUCAGUCUUUGCUGGGAGCUAUUGGCAAGCCUAUACUAGACACUGGAGAUUCAGACACUCCUGAGCUGGAGCCACAGAGUACAUGUCAUCUUUACCCCAGCCAGUCCAGCGGGUUCUCUUUCUCUAGUAAAGUCACCAGACCUGUCUUCUUUCAAGGGCAAAAGCCAUCGGAUAUAGAGCUAGAUAAGACCUUGGAAAUUGUGGGGUCUAACCCACUUCUUUGACAGACAAGGAAAUCAAUGUGAAAAAAACCCAUGAGGUCAGGCCCUGUUCCACUGGGUAAAGAGGUCUUAUUUCCAAACAGAUUGCUGCUCUCUAAAAAUUCCUGGGUAAUCACCAGCUCCCUGCACUUAGGACCUCCUAUCCAGGGGAAGAGACCCAAGUUUGCAAUGGGUCAGCUAGCUAUGCAGCUUUUUUCCUCCUUUUCCUAAAGGCAUGACUGAGGUCCAUAAUCCAUUUAGACAGACUUGUUAUGUUCCUAGAGGACCUUGCCAUUUGGAAUUCUGGUUGCUAUGUGGGAAUAGGAUUGGCAUCCUUGGAUUUUACAGAAGGUGAAAUUUGAAAAUUACAAACAUGAUCCUAUUAGAGGACGGAGAAGAAGGAGGUGGCAUUUCAGAUCAGUCUGACCAGAGAGGCAUUUCACCAGGCUGCGCUGCCCCCAAGGUCGCUUUCUGAGCAAGCAGAAGCACAGCUUGGUUCUAAGCUACCUCAUCACACUUUCUUUGGGAUUUCUUCGAAAAGUCAGUGCCAGCCUUCUUGGAGUGGCACGUUGGCAGCUUCCUGCGCUCACUGGCUCUGAGGUCAUCCUGUUGCCAAUGGGAAUUUAGGAGAGGGGCUCAAGAUGACACAGAUCUCCUCAAUUCUCCUGUCCUCUUUAUAAAUUUACUUGUUUAUGACUCAUUCUGGUUGUUUCGGUUUUCUUCCUGAGUAGCGCUGGAGGGAAGGGGUGGAGCUAUAGCUGACUUGUCAGGGAGUACUAGCCGUGCCUUCUGAAGAAACUGGAAAUUGCGAGAGAGUCAGCCCUGGGCAUCGGUCGCCAAGUAGCACUGAGACUCAAGGGCCAGGUUGGUUGAAGCUUCCCGUGGCCUAAGCUCAGACCCGUGCCAGGUUUUCUGUCUUAGAAUGUGCUUGUAUCUCCCACCUCUAUGUCAGCCUCAAGAAAUAGGACAAACAGUAAAGAACCAGCUAGUCUCCGUGGCAGUUUGUUGGCUUCAGUCCCAAAGUUUUCUUGACUUCCAUCCAGGAAAGGCCCUGGCCAAGGGCCCGUGAAAUGUUUAUAUCAGAGAAAUGAACGCAUUUCAUACGGCUUCCUUGAUUGAACCUUGCUGCUCCAAGGGUAUUCAGCUGCCCUCUGAGAAGUUAGGCCACAGCUUCUAAAGGUGAGAAACUUAGGUCGGCUAAGAUUCACAGGUUAAACACCUCCUAACCCCCAGGAAAAAUGAACAAAGUACCUGUAAAAGAGGGCAGAAUUAGCCUUGAACUGCCAUGAAUGAGAUGGCCAGGAGCCCAUUUAUUGAGUCAUCCACGUUUAGAAACUAUGUUGAUUUGUUCAGGCCUUUUUGGAGCACCCCAAUGCUUGCAUAGCACUGAUUGGUAUUCCAGGGAAGGAGCUGGCCACCAGAGAGAGUCCAGCCCUCUAGGAGUUUACAUUCUAGUCAGUUGGAAAUUCAGGGUAUGCACAUAAAGCAGUAGGUAGAUUAAGUCCAGGAUGAGUGUUAAAGACCAGAAGGGUCACUUGGAGUUCAUGUGAGGAAAAGCUUGUGGAGACUUGAGUUAAAACUCAGUGGAGGGGAUUUGUACAGGUGAAGGGCUGGAGGCAUGGCCCAAGCCAAAGCUUAAAGUGAGAAAUGAGCAAGAUCUGUUUGGGGGCCAUCAAGGAGCUGUCCUCGUUGGAAUGGAUGAUUCAUUUUGGGGAGUAGAGGGAUGUAGAGGUCUGUGGGUUCAGUGGAGAAGGGCAUGAUGGAGGAGGCUUCAGGGUUCUAACUAUCAUUCCCUUGUCUUCCCUUGGCAUAGCUAAGGAGUAAAGCUCUGCUGUGUUUAUGUGGGAAGUAAAGGGGAAAACCCAUCAGAAUCUGGCUGCCUGUUUCAGAUGUGUGUGUCUGUCUCUGGACCGUGUAUCAAGGAGCAAUAACAGUCCUUUUCAAGGCGUUGCAAACUGCACUUUCUAGCCAUGGAAGUAGAUGGGGCAGAUUACUUAGCUGUGGGAACCUUGGUGCUAUUUCAGACCUGGCCACAGUAUGCAAGCUCAAAGCUAGCCAGUACAGAUUGUGGAGAGCUACUUAUUUAGUUUGCAUGUUUUUCAGCCUAUGAAAUGCUAAGAGGUAGUUCUCAAAUGUCUCAGAAGUUCAAAGUACAUUGAUCAUGUUAAAGAACAUACUGGUGUCAGGUUGUUUACUUUGUGUGUUAGAAUGUAGAAUGUCAGACUAUAAAACAGGCUUCCCACUGAACUUCUCAAUUUGCUGAAAUCACCGUCCUCCUUGUGAUUUCACUUUCAUAUGGCCAGCCCACCCUACAUUUUCUUUAGAUCUCUUCCUGUCUGAAGAGUGUACCCCAGGGAAUUGGGGCAGACGUGUGCACGUUACCUGGGCUUUGGAUGUCUGUGAGAAUCCCAAGAAACUGGAAAGGCUUAUGUGGUAGGAAUGAUGGUCAUCCUUCCUUCGGGCUGCAGAAAGGGCUGGGCCCCAAGAACGCCACAUUUGCUCUUCUCUUCUUUGGAGGGCUCUGCCCCUUCCUGGGAGCCCAGAUGGACUCUACUAACAGAACCUCAGCCCGCAGUCUCUUGAAGCUGUCUUUGGUCUACCUGCCGCUGCUACCCAGAAGAAAGCAAGCCGUGAUGUGUGGUCACAUGGAACCGUGAUCAAACCUGAGAAGCCCUGGUCUCCUUUGGGCCUUUCCACACUCCUCCAGAUGCCUAGCACACUCAUUAUUCUCUACCCUCCCUCCUUCCCAUCUCCCCCCUCCAAUGCUUAUUAUUGCUCAAACCGCAACAGCCGAUUACUGUGAAGGGUUUGUGUCUAUUUUUUUUUCUCCCCAAGAUUGUGAAGUCUCCAUUUGUUGAACCAUAUUUGCCAUUUGCCUCACGACAUGUAGAGUGGACACAAUUCCUUUUUAAGCUAGGAAAAAAGCAGAGACUGAAACCUCUCCAACCUCUGCAAUACUGUGGCCACAUGUUGGUUUGAGCAGGGAAACGUCAUCCUGGAAUUCUGCUGAAAUAUGAUUUUGUUGGUAACUGUGAAUCUUCUGUUGAUGCAUAAGUUAAAUAAACAGUGGUCCUUUCUUA